UCCCCUGGAGAAGGAAAUGGCAACCCACUCCAGUACUGGAAUUGCCUGGAAAAUUCCACGGAUGGAGAAGCCUGGUAGGGCACAGUCCAUGGGAUCGCAAAGAGUCGAACAUGACUGAGCAACUUCACUGGUUCACUAGUCCCAUAAACAACAGAUGUUCGCUGAAUGGACGAAUGAUUAAACAAUAAAUCGCGACACUCCACGACAAGCGUACUUGGGAGAGGGGUCUGUAUGUAGAGGACGACACACUUUCCCUGCGAUGAUCUGUACGGGGCACGAACUCGGGAUCGUGAGCUUGGCCCAGUGGCCGUAAGAUUCCACAACGCCAGGCUUCUUACGCAGGUAUUUGACAGCGCCGGGGAAACCUAGAGACACGUUCUGAGCAUGCGUCGCCAUUUUGAGCUAUCUCCCUCGCCCACCCGUUGACUCUAAGCUUCCAUUGGCUGCCCCGCUGAAGGCCCGCCUUCUUGAGGGAAAAGGACAUUCUGUGGGUCUAAAUAACCUUCCGUAACCAAUCACAAGCAGCGAUCUAAAGGUUUGUCCAAUGACAUCGGGCUUGGGUCAAGGCCCGCGGAGUUUAAUUUUCGUCCUGGGACGCGGAAGUAGCGGUCAGGUCUAAGCCGCAGGCUGAGUGUCGCACUGGAGGAAGGCCGAGUCUUCAUCCCGGUUAUCCCGCCUGGGUGAGGGGCUUCAGGGACAAUUCCUGGGCCAGUGGAGGUGUUUCCGCCCGUGGCAGACAAGCCGGGGCGCGAGUGCGGGCACGUGUGGACCUCUAAGCGCUCCUGAAUCAGGACGAGAGCACGCCUGGCCUCCUCCUCUGCGGAUUCCGCCGCGAGGUUCCUUAAUGACUGCAGCUUAAAGUUCCCGCGGUUGCCGGGAGGCUGGGCUUCGGAGGAAGGUGGCGCGGUGGUAAAGAAUCCGCCUGCUGAUGCAGGAGAUGUGAGUUCGAUCCCUGGGCUGGGAAGAUCCCCUGAAGGAGACUAUGGCAACCCACUCCAGUAUUCUUACCUGGAAAAUUCCAUGGAAGGAGGAGCCUGGUGGGCUACAGUCCACGGGAUCUCAAAGAGUUGGACACGACUGAGCAGCUGAGCGCUGCGUCCCUUAAGAGGUAUCAAGAAACAAUGUUUCUUUGAAUUUGCUUCUGUAUUUGCCUCAUCAAUGUCAUUCAUAUUGAGUAUCUUACGAGAGAUGCUGGAAUAUUUUGGUGUUCCCAUAAACCAGGUUUUACACAUUUGGGAAAACAAAGACUAUGGAUCAGCUCGGAGUAUUGUUCGUAUCAUUGGGAAAUUUCUUCCUUUAGAACCUUGUCCCAGGCCUAAUUUUGAGCUGGUUCCGCUCUUGAACUCUAUGGACCCGGCUAACUUUGGAUCUGUAGUUCCGUCUUUUGCUGACGUUUGGUGUGUGGCACAUGAUGAGGAAGCCAGUUAUCUCAGAUUUCGAAAUACUACAUGGGAAAAUGAAGAAGAGGAGAAAAUUGCAUCUUUUCAUCCUUUGCAACUAGUUGAAGGUCCAUUGACACCUGCUUUAAGGCAUAACAAACCAAGAGAAAAUGAUUGGCCUGAAAGUGAAACUGCAAUUAAAAAGAUAGCUGCCCUUGAAGAUGAGCUAGCUUUUCUUCGCUCUCAGAUUGCCACAAUUGUGGGACGGCAAGAACUGGGGAACAGUACAAAAGCUGGUUUCUUGGACUUGAAUGACAGGCCUAGUGGUUUUGGACAAAAGCCAUCAUCAGGGGCUACUCAACUCAAUGUCAAAGAAGAUUCGUUUUCAAGUUCAGUGCUUCCUUCUUCUCUUCCUCCACCACCGCCUCCUCAGAUUUCUUCUGUACAGCCUCCAUGUUCUUCUCUCAAGAAAAUAGCAUCUAAUAAUAUUUGUGCAUCAGAUAAUUCAACAACUGAAGUGAAAAAUCUGCAACCAGAUGCUAGGAAGACCAAUUAUAGUCAUCAUUCAAAACACCAGAAAAAUGAAGAUAUUCCAAACAUGUUGGAUGUUCUAAAGGAUAUGAAUAAGGUUAAACUACGUGCUAUUGAAAGGUCUCCUGGAGGCAGACCCAUUCAUAAAAGGAAAAGAGAAGACUCAUCUUGGGAUCCAGUGUCUCUAAUAUCCCAUGCACUUAAGCAGAAAUUUGCAUUCCAAGAAGAAGAUUCCUUUGAGAAAGAAGAUAAUUGUUGGGAGUCUUCUCCAUUUUCUAGUCCAGAAACUUCAAGGGUGCGCUUAUAAUUUUGGAUCCCCGUCUCUCAAGUCAGAAGUAUGUUGAACUGAAGGAAGAACCUACAAACCCAGCAGGUGUAGACCAAGCCAUGAGCAACAGGGGCUGUGUCUACCCCUCGAAGGCAGGCCUGCAGAAGUAUACCGACAAGCCUCUCCCUGCCUGUGAAAGGAUCGCGACUCCUGUUAAUGAAUUUAAAUGUAGUCUGUACACUGGGGUAUGUUAUGCAAAGGUCAGAAGGAUGCUGACCUGUGUCUGAUUUUUAUAAGAUCCAACAGUUAACGGGCUACUGAUGAUAGUCAGGUGUAUGGAUCUUUUUCAUUUUUUCCCACAUAUGUUAAGUUUAUUAAAGCUGAAUAAAUACUUUGAAUGAUUUUCCUAAGAGCUAAAUAGUAAAUGAUUUAAUGUUUCUCAUUUGAGAACGGUAAGACCUCAUUAUAAGGUAACAGAAACCAUUUAGUGGAUUAAGAAAGUAAUGUAAACUAAGUCUGUAUUGUACUACACAGCCGAUGAUGGUACAUUUGGGUUUUUAAAAAAGAUUUCUUAAAUCAGUUAUGACUUGCUUAUUUAAGUGUCUUUGACUCUUUUAAAGAUUGGUAGUGAUGUGGUCUACCUGGCCUCCAACAACUUGGAGAUUUUCAAAGAAUAUAAACUUAUAAUUUUUUCACUAAGAGAGUCAUACUUUGGAUCAUAGAUUGAACCCUCCAAAACACUUGAGGUGAUAAAGAAUUAUUCUUAGAAGCUGAUUUUGAUUGUUAAAUGCUCAAUUGUAGAAGUAUUUAAAGAAUCUUCCUGAUAAGUUUUGCCUACACUUGCUAUGUAAAUAUGUACACCUGUCAUUUUAUUUCCUUUGUUCUUUAUUGUGCUCUGUUCCUUUGUAAGUAAAUACACCUUUUUGAACUUGCUUGUGUUUUAUAGCGCUUCAAGUUCAUGUUUUCUUCUCACUACAUUUAGGAAGUCUGAACUUUUGGGGGGAAAGAGGGUUGUGUAGUUAGUCUCUUGGUCAAUACGAUGAAACACUUAAGUUUGGAAUAGGUGUUUUUCCCCUCUGCCGUUACACUAAUGUGUGUGGCAAUUUCCAUUUUUCCCUAGAAAUGGAUCUUAGGUUCCAUUUGGAUGGACUCAGCACCCACCCAUUUUGGAAGCUCUCUCCUUUUGAAAAAGCCCAGUUUGCUUACCGUUUUCAUGGUAUGGUGGUUGAGAGUCGGCUGCCUGGUUAUCUCCAUUUCCGACCCCUUUCACCUGGCACCUUCCAGUUAGGCCUGGCUAUGCUGCAUUCAUCUUACGACCAUGAGGAAUAGGCUUUGAGUCACAGAAAUGUGAACCCUGACAUCACCGAGCUGUUGAACUAACACCAGCAAAAGCCAUCUCCAGACUUCUUAUUACAUGAGAAAGAUGAAAAAAUAUGCUGAGUGGGUUUUCUGUUAUUUGCAGCCAAAAGCAUUCACUGUGAUACAGCAAGUACACCAGUGUGGCUUUCGGACCCGCCUGUUAUUCCCUCUGAGUAGUCUCCUGACACUUCUCAGCAGUUUGUUCUUGCUGUUGUUCCCGCCCCUCCUAGUCAUUGUCCCCAUUCUGCCUCUUCUCAUCUUGUACUUGGAAUUAGAGUCCCUCUUUCUCUGAAAUAACUACUUUUUAUCCCAUAGGGCAGUCUUGCAUUGCAGGAACAUUUUGAAGAUACUAUUUUCUGCCAAGUGAGGUCUAUUUCCUAAGAAACCUCAAGGUGGUUUUGGGGGAAGGGGGGCUUUUCUCUUCUACUUCAGAAUGAAUUUCCUGCUUGUCCAAAGCACAUGUCAGCACUAGGAUGCAUCAGAAUUGAAUUGACCUUGGGCUCACCUCUAUUUGCUUCCCUAGUGACUCAGACUUGCCUGCAAUAUGGGAGAUCUAGGUUUGAUCCCUGCAUCUGGAAGAUCCCUUGGAGAAAGUGCAGUUGCUCAGUCAUGUCCGACUCUUUGCGACCCCAUGGACUGGAG